AAGUAGGAUCCUAAAUCUUAUUUACUUUGAAAGUUUAGGGGCUUCAUGAGGCAAUCCAUGAUCCAUCCCUCUUCAUUGUUGAUACUAGUGUAGCGUCCACCCGCAGUCCCCUGCAAAAAGCAAAAACAGUGGUCUCAGACAGAGAUGAGUGGGGAAGGGAAGGUGGUGUGUGUCACCGGAGCGUCAGGAUUCAUAGCAUCUUGGCUCAUAAAGCUUCUGCUCGAUCGUGGGUACACCGUUAAAGCCAGCGUUCGUGACCCAAAUGAUCCGAGUAAAACAGGGCACUUACUCGCCCUCAAUGGAGCCAAGGAAAGACUUCAUUUAUUCAAAGCAGAGUUAUUAGAUGAAGGGAGUUUUGAUUGCGUAGUGGACGGGUGUGAUGGCGUUUUUCACACAGCUUCGCCCGUGUUUUUGGCAGCUAAUGAUCAACAAGCGGAAUUAAUCAAUGCUGCGGUGAAGGGAACACUUAAUGUUCUCAAGUCAUGUGCAAAAGUUGCAUCAAUUAAGAGAGUUGUUCUAACAUCUUCAAUGGCUGCAGUUUCAUACAAUGGGAAACCUAGCACUCCAGAUGUGGUAAUUGAUGAGACUUGGUUUUCUGAUCCAACUUUCUGUGAGAAAUCCAAGCUUUGGUAUGCGCUUUCAAAGACAUUAGCUGAGGAUGCUGCUUGGAAGUUUGCAAAAGAUAAUGGGAUUGAUUUGGUAACAAUAAAUCCAGGAGUGGUGAUCGGUCCUAUUCUACAACCAACUCUUAAUCUCAGUGUGGAGCUCAUAUUGAACAUUGUCACUGGUCGGGAACUCCCACCAUUUAAUAGAUUUGUGGAUGUUCGAGAUGUUGCAUAUGCUCAUAAUCAAGCAUUUGAGAUUCCUUCAGCUGCUGGCAGAUACUGCAUGGUUGAAAGCACUGUAGACGUUUCUAAGUUGUGGAAGAUCUUGCAUCAACUUUUCCCUGAGUUCCACCUCGAUGAAAAGUAAGUUGAGUUUCAAUUUCUUUUUUCACACUGACUGCAUCAGAUAUCAUUU